CGCGCGCUGAAGAAAAAAAAUGGCCGAGUCGGAGGAGGAGGUGGAUGUCCUGGUCCAGAGAGUUGUCAAAGAUAUCACUAACGCGUUUAAAAGAAACCCUGGCAUAGAUGAGAUUGGACUUAUACUGUGCCCAGAGGCUAGAUAUAACAGAAGCCCUAUCGUCUUGGUGGAGAAUAAGCUUGGGGUCGAAAGCUGGUGUGUGAAGUUUCUACUACCUUAUGUACACAAUAAGCUGCUGCUCUAUCGGCAGCGCAAGCAGUGGCUGGACCGCGACACGCUUGUUGAUAUUACAUCCACAGUACUGCUACUAAACCCGGACUUUACCACUGCCUGGAAUGUCAGGAAAGAACUUCUUGAGUGUGGAGUGCUGAAUCCAGAGAAGGACCUUUACUUAGGGAAAUUAGCGCUGACCAAGUAUCCGAAAAGCCCAGAGACAUGGAUACACAGACGAUGGGUGUUAAAGAGGUUGCAGAAGGAGUCAUGUGAAGCUGACGAGAGAGGUGAAUACAGUGAACAGAUACAGAGAGCCGUGCAGGAGGAGAUGAAAGUGUGCGCAGAUGCUGCAGGAAGAUACGCCAGCAACUACAACGCAUGGUCGCACCGCAUCUGGGUUCUGCAGCACAUGGCCAAAGGCAAUCUCAAGAUUCUUUAUGACGAGCUCUCCUCCACAAGACUUUGGGUGUCCAUGCAUGUGUCCGACCACAGUGGCUUUCACUACCGCCAGUUCCUGUUCAAAGCACUUCUAGCUGAGUUGGGUCAGACCCAGCAACCUAACAGAGGAAGCUCAGUGGACGACCAACAUACUGAUACAAUCUCGCAGCUUUUCCACGAUGAGAUAGAGCUCUGCACUGACCUCAUCGAGUCGUACCCAGGCCACGAGACCCUGUGGUGCCACAGGCGGCAUGUGUUCUAUCUUUGGCACCACUGGCGGAAUCACAGUCAAGAGCAGGACCCUGUAUCUUCAGGCCACAUCCAUACUGUCCCCAAUGACUCUUCAGACCCCAGUGAUGAAGGCAGGCGCUCCCAGGCCAUGGACGUUGACUGCACACUAGAGGGCAGUAAGCACGGAGGCUACAAACAGGACAGUAAAAGGCUGAAGCGUGGGCCACCCUGCCCCACUCUCCCUUCCGAACAUGCGUUCAUCUCACGUAUCCUCAGCAGCUGCAGGAACCCAGAGCAGGGCCGGUUCUCCAACGCGUACAGGAAGUGGCUCGACUCGGUUAUAGCACCACGUUGCUCUGGGGUGCAGUAGCUUGGCAAUAAAGCCCAUUCUUCCAUCACUCUACAACCAAAUGCAUUAAAAGGUAGACUGUCAUCAUAAAUUUAGUUCAUCAUAUAAUUCUUGGUUCUGUUCUCUGAGCCGAGAUAAUGAUCCUGUCAGGACAAAAAUCUUGGUUUCAGCAAUUUGACAAUACAGCAGAUUAUUUUCGAAGACACGUUUAAUGCUUUCACUGACCACUUUAUUCAAUUCAAUAAAAUAAA